AUGGAGGAGGAUCAUCAUCAGGUGUUGCAGGGAGUUACGGGAGAACUGAAGAACUGCCCGUCGGAGUUGGGUCUGCAGGCGCUUCUCAUGGCUCCCCUCGAUGAUAACUACUUGUCGAAGAUUGAACUUGGAGCAAACACAAAGGCUUUGCCUUUUUGGCGGGGAGGGGAUGAGGGCCUUUGCUGUAAUCAAGGCGUGGAGACAGAAGCUGGUCCAUCUGAGCGGAGCAGGGAUCCCUUUGAUUAUAAGCGCCUUAAAAGGAUGGCUUCAAACCGGGAGUCCGCCAGGCGAUCAAGACAAAGAAAACAACAACAGCAGGAAGAGCUCGAGGCAGAGGUUGAACAACUGAAAAGAGAACAUGCAUCUUUGUCUAAACAUUUUUCAAAUCUUAAAGAAAGGUCCCGAGAUGCUUGGAUGGAGAACCGAUUACUUAAAGCAGAUGUGGAAGCUUUGAAAGCCAUGAGGCUAUUGGACGAGGAGAGGAGGGCUGCACGACACUGCCAAACCUGCCAUGUAGGCGGAGGUCAUGCCUCUUCUGUUCGAAUGUAUGUUUCUGGUCAGAAUUCAACUCCUGGAAUGCAAAAUUUCAAUGCCGGCAUCAAUAAUGGAGUAAUGGGCGAUGCUGUAAGAUGUGCCACUGAUACGCAUCCACCUCCCAAUGAAUUGGUAGGAAGCUCUUGCAAUGCCCAACAUGUUUAUGAUGAAAUCUCAAGUGUUUGGAAAGAAGUUUAA